UGACGUAAUGCCUGGAGUCUGAGGUCCUGACAAGCGAUAACAUUUCUGAUAAAGAACUGAGCUGACUGCAAAACUAACCGUCUGUUUUUCUUUUUAUUAUUAUUUCCAAUGCACAGGCGCGUUUUUUAGCAUCAACCACAGUCACCCCGAUUCCACUUGCACAGGGAGAGAGAACCGAAAUUUAAAAUCCCCUGUAACAAAAAAGAAAUAAUACCCCGAGAUCAACAAACAAACAACACAAAGACGGUUCAUGGCUUACGCCAAAGCUCCACCAUCUUUCAGACUGCAAAGACUAUUACAAUUUAAUCAACAGAUAUGGUCCGAAAAAAGAAUCCCCCUUUGAGAAGCUUUGGUGCUGAGGAGGAGGCAGGAGAAGUAUUGUCUGCGGAGACCACAGGUGCCGAGAGCGAGGACGUGGGAGCGCAGAGAGGGAGUCGAAGUCGGGACCUCGGUGCGACUCACAUGCAAGAGGAGCCGAGCCAGAGCGAUGGUGCGCUGGUGCCAGACAGGGAGGAGGAUCAGUACGCGCUUGUCUCGAAGCCCUCUCCCGCCAUCAAAAGAGACUUGAAAAGCGUGGCGGCAGGGAGCGAGCGGCCUGGCUCCAAUUAUGAAAGCCACAAGAAGGGAGGAAAUGUUCCGUCCUUCCCCCGUGAUGAGGUGACGGACAGAAAUAUGCUGGCGCUCUCAUCCCCAGCUGCCGGGGGAGUCUGCGACAGGCCGGAGUCUCCGGCGAGAUCGGAAGCAGAUGAGUGCGAGGGCCGGGCCAGCAGCCUGGCCGGCGACCCAGGGGAGAGCGGAACAGGCAGGGACAAUGGGGAGGGGCUACGAUGCUCGCCGGGUGCUCAUGCAGACAGUGCUGGUGGUGUUGCUGGUCAGGGCUGUGCCAGCAAUGGAGAGGACAGGGAGGCCCCUGACAGCCCCUCGGUGCCUUCGGCUGUGGCUUCCGUCACCGAGGUGGCUGCGGAAAGGCCCAGGAUGCCCUCUCAGUUCCUUCAUCUGUGCAGGAACAGCGAGGGCACUGGCGACACCUCAACUUCGCCCUCCGUGGACCAUGGCGCACGCCCGCCCUCAUCCCCCAAGCUGCAGGACUUCAAGUGCAACAUCUGUGGGUAUGGUUACUAUGGCAACGACCCCACGGACCUGAUCAAACACUUCCGCAAGUAUCACUUGGGCCUGCACAACCGCACAAGGCAGGAUGUGGAGCUGGACACUAAAAUCCUGGCGCUGCAUAACAUGGUGCAGUUCUCGGCUCAGGCCCACACCAAAGAAAUACCCCGUCUGCACACUCAAGGCAUCCUUCCUGGGGUGCUGCAAGACACGGGUGCUCCCAGGCCCAUGCUGGUCAAUGGUACCUACGAUGUGCAGGUCACGCUGGGUGGCACCUUCAUUGGUAUUGGGCGGAAAACACCGGAUUGUCAAGGGAACACAAAGUACUUCCGCUGCAAGUUCUGCAACUUCACUUACAUUGGCAGCUCUUCCUCUGAGCUUGAGCAACACUUCCUGGCCACGCAUCCCAACAAGAUGAAGACACACCCUCCCUCAGCAACCCCAGACGCAAAGGUUUUGGACAAGAAUGGGACUCCUGGCAGGGUGAGCUUCCUCUCUCGUGGGCCUGCUCAUGUGGUUGAGCUGGGGAAGUGGCCCGACCGUGUGGCCGUCCGAGCAGAGGAUGACUCCAUUGCAGGUUACUCGGUCAUCAUCCAGCCUCUGGAUUCUCCUGGUCAAAACUCUGGAGAUAACGGUGGCGGGACGGCCACUGGCAGCACGGGGUACUACUGGUGUAAGUACUGCAGCUUCAGCUGCGAGGCAUCCAGCUCGCUCUCUCUUCUAGAGCAUUAUGGGAAGAAGCAUAGCCAGGCAGGCAUCAGUGAUGGUGUGGAGAGCCCUGGCCACGGUGAUGAGGAUCUGGCCUCAAAGAGGAAAGACCUCCUGAGCAAAGCUGGUGUGAGCGACCUGGAGACGGUGGUCACCAGCUACAACUGUCAGUUCUGUGACUUCCGUUAUUCCAUGAGCCACGGGGCAGAUGUGAUCGUGGUGGGACCCCUGCUGCGCCACUACCAGCAGGCUCACAGCAUCCACAAGUGCACCAUCAAGCAUUGCCCCUUCUGCCCACGUGGCCUUUGCAGCCCAGAGAAGCACUUGGGGGAGAUCUCUUUCCCCUUCGCUUGCCGCAAGGGCAGCUGCUCACACUGUGCCCUGCUGCAGCUGCAGCUUCCCCCUGCGGCCAGGCCCGCGGUCCAGCACCUGUGUGACCAGUGCCCCUUCGCCGACGUUGACAUUGACGCUCUCCUCCAGCACUACGACAGCGCUCACAGCUCCCAUGUGGUGCUUGAAGCGAAACCAGAGGAAGAUGCUGCAGGAGCUGAAGCGGAGGCGAGUGCCACCCAAACCAGGGAGCACAGGGAGCAUGCGUGUAGAAAGUGUGACUUUGUCACUGAGGUGGAAGAGGAGAUCUUUCGUCACUACAGGAGGGUCCACAGCUGCUGCCUGUGUCGCCACUGUAGCUUCACUGCCACCGACACCGCGGCCCUGCUGGAGCACUUCAACUCCGCGCACUGCCAGGACCCUCCCGACUCCUCCCCCUCCCCUGCCAAUGGAUGUGCUGCCCCCUCCAAUGUCACCGUCAAAGAGGAGAGCAAAGGUGACCUGAAGCUGUACAGUCUGGUACCCCCCGAAGCCAGACCGGCGGAGCUGAGUGUCGGGGCAGAGGGUGUAAAACGGGAGGCGCUUGAUGAGAAAGAGGUGCUCAGGGAGAAGUGCUGGGGGGAAGCGACAGGGGGCUUAGUGUGGGUCCCUAAAGACCGUGCGGUGGAUAUCCUGAGGGGCAGUCCAUCACAGUACAGCCAGGGUGCGCUGGGCCUGCUCAACGCUGUGGCGGCCUCUCAGGAGCCUCAGCAGCAGAAGACCACCAUGCUCAGGGAUUCCCCCAGCCUGGUGUUUGGCUUGGGUGCAGACACUAAGGGCUUCCUGCAAGGGGCACAUCCCAGCGCAGCAGACAAGUCCAACCAGCUGGCACAGCAGUAUUCCUCCAACACGGACAGCAAGUCCAACAAGGAAGAGUCUCAGUCGCUUCUACGGAGACGUCGAGGCUCAGGAGUGUUCUGUGCCAACUGCCUCACCACAAAGACUUCACUCUGGAGGAAGAACGCCAACGGUGGAUAUGUAUGCAAUGCGUGUGGCCUGUACCAGAAGCUUCACUCGACUCCAAGGCCCCUGAACAUCAUCAAGCAGAACAACGGGGAGCAGAUCAUACGCAGACGCACACGCAAGCGCCUCAACCCAGAUUCCAUCCCGCCUGAGCCUGUGAGCUCGAAACAGCAGCGAGUCAGUGCUGAGGAGCAGGUCAACGGUAGCCCACUGGAGCGACGACCAGAAGAGCCUGGCCCUGAGUCCCAGCCACGGGGGGACGUCCAACCAACGAUGGGCAAGUUUGAGGCUUACAGCUCUUCUGGAGGCAAAGGCCACCCCAGCCCCCGCUCCACCCAUGCUUUCCUGGUCAGCCAGACGCUGGAGAUCCACAAGCGCAUGCCUCCUUUGCACAAGAGCCCCCAAGACAGCGGGACAGAAGGGAAUGGUGUUGGGAUGGGCGUCGCUGUGACGAGUGAAGGGAAGAGCAAUUCGGAGCGGGGCAGUCCGAUAGAAAAGUACAUGCGCCCAUCCAAGCAGUCCAGCUACUCCCCACCCGGCAGCCCCAUCGAGAAGUACCAGUAUCCAUUUUUUAGCCUUCCCUUCUUUCAUAAUGACCUGCAAAGCGAAGCUGAUUGGCUGCGCUUCUGGACUAAGUACAAGAUGUCUGUGCCAGGGAACCCACACUACCUUAGCCACGUUCCCGGCCUGCCCAAUCCUUGCCAAAGCUUUGUGCCUUACCCUACCUUCGGCCUGCCUCCGCAUUUCCCUCCCCCAGGCCCAGACAGCGAUAUUCCCCUGGACCUGGCCAUCAAACAUUCCAAACCGGGCCCCACUACCAAUGGGGCUGCUGCCAAGGAAAGCCCACCUGUUGUGAAGCGAACACCGCCGAUGGCAGAGAAGGGAGAGGAAGAGGAGGAGGAGGAGGAGGCAGUCAGCGUGGAGCCCACAGCCGCAGCAGCUAGUCCCCCACCCCAGAACGUGGAGAGGGGCACUCAGGACGAGCUGUCGAGCAAGUGUGCUCACUGUGGCAUUGUCUUCCUGGACGAGGUCAUGUAUGCCCUGCACAUGAGCUGCCAUGGCGACAGUGGCCCGUUCCAGUGCAGCCUCUGCCUGCACACCUGCGUAGACAAGUACGACUUCACCACGCACAUACAGAGGGGGCUGCACCGACCUGCAAGCGAGACGCAUGCCAAGAGUCCAAAGGAAUGAACUGACCACACAAACUAGCACGUCUAGCACAACUAACUUUAUAGAAGGAAUGGAAAACUGAAAACUUAACUGCAGAUGAACAAAAAAAUAAAAGGAAAGAAUUAAGGUUUGCUAACAGUGCUGCAGUAGUUUAUGCUAUAUUGCAGCCAGUGUAGGGAACUAAUGA